CAAAUGCAUUGAAAAAGGAAAAGAGUUCCCAAAGCAAAGUACACUGAAAAAUCUGAACCCAGUGAUUGAUGAGGAUGGGUUGCUGAGGGUGGGAGGCCGCUUAUCCUCCGCCGACAUGUUACAAGACGAAAAACAUCCUCUCAUCAUCCCACGGACACAUCCAUGUUGCCACUCUGCUGGUAAGACAUUAUUACGAGCAAGUGGCUCACCAAGGCCGUCAUUUUUCAGAUGGAGCUAUUCGAGCAGCAGGCUUCUGGAUUAUUGGGAGCAAACGUCUGGUCUCUGGUAUCAUUCACAAGUGUGUCACCUGCCGCAAGGUUAGAGGGAGGUUAGUUGACCAAAAAAUGGCUGACUUGCCUGCAGACAGACUCACAUCUGAACCACCAUUCACCAGCGUUGGACUUGAUGUGUUUGGACCAUGGAAUGUCAUAACUCGUCGCACUAGAGGUGGUAGUGCAGACUCCAAGCGCUGGGCGGUGCUCUUUACAUGUAUGUAUACUAGAGCAGUCCAUAUCGAGCUUAUCCAAUCCAUUUCCACAUCCAGCUUCAUCAACGCGCUGAGGCGUUUUUUCUCUAUCCGUGGUCCAGCAAAAGUGCUACGAUCUGAUCGAGGUACAAACUUUAUAGGUGCCUGCAGGGAACUGGGUAUCGACACAAAUGACUCAGAACUGACUAAAUACCUCUCAGAUAAGGGAUGUACUUGGAUAUUUAAUCCUCCACACUCGUCUCAUAUGGGUGGUUCUUGGGAGAGACUCAUUGGGGUUGCCAGACGUAUUCUUGAUGCUAUGCUGUUUCAGACGGGCUCCACUCGUCUCACACAUGAGGUCUUGAGCACUCUUAUGUCUGAAGUUAUGGCAAUAAUCAAUGCGAGACCCUUAGUGUCAGUAUCAACCGACCCUGACAUGCCUACCAUUCUCACACCCUCAAUGUUACUUACACAAAAGACCAGCGCUACCUCAGCCCCUUCUGGAUACUUCAGCAUGAACGACCUUCAUGGAAAACAGUGGAAGCAAGUCCAGUGUCUCGCUGACACCUUUUGGAAAAGGUGGAGACAGGAGUACCUGACAACGCUGCAGAGACGCAUAAAAUGGACAGCAGAAAAGCCAAAUGUAAAAGUGGGAGAUGUCUUAUUGAAAGACAGUCAGGCACACAGAAAUGACUGGCCAGUCGGGCUUGUGGUAAAAACCUUUCCCAGUACUGACAAAAAGGUUAGGAAAGUAGAACUAAAAAUUGUCAAGCAAGGAGCUGCUAAGUUGUUUCUGAGACCAAUCUCAGAGAUUGUUGUUCUUCUUUCUGAAGCAUCCUAGAGACAAAAGAUACAAAUAGAAAGGACAUUAUUUGUUUCUUGAUAUGUUUUAUUUCAUAGUGGCACAAUUUCAUUAUACCAGGCGGGGAGUGUGCUGCCAUCCUGUUAGAAGGUAACAGAUUAUUUUAUUACAAUGGUUAAAUUGGAUUUUCAUUGUGUUCAAUGGUGUAAUUUGCCCCCUAGUGGAUGUUUCUGGUACUUAGAAAGACUACGCAAACAGGAAGUAGAGAAUUUGUUCUGCACGCAUAGAAGCAGCUACAAACAAUGCUACGGUGCAGGUCUUUCAAUGUAGUUAUUUCUUGUCACGCUUCAGCCUUGGAAAAUAUUUGUUUUUUCACAACAUAAACGUUUUCAAUAUAUUCAUUCAAGAAA